ACCAGAGUACCCCGCCACAGCAUGUCGGACGUGAAGCCUUUGUUGAGGGCAAUUAGCCAUUAUGGCCCCAUUACUGCGUUGAAAUUCAACUCACAUUACCUCCUUGCGGCGUUUGGCUGCGUCUUGCGCGUGUACAACCUCGACGACAACAGCUUGGUGUUCGAGAGGCAGCUCCUUGCGAAGAAUAAAAUACACGGCAUCACCAUUGAUAACGACCGGGUCGCGGUAUUUGGGGGCAGAAACGUGCUCUUUACCGAUUUCGCCACGUUGCUCCAGUACGACCCUGCCCAGGAGGUUUUCCAGGAAAAAGCCGUGGGCGACUGGAUCUUUUCGGUUGAGUUUUCCGGAGGCUCUGCGUUGAUCUUAACGGCUCACAAUGUGGUGUUGGAAGUGGAUCUCACCAGUUGUGCCAUUCUCCAUCACCACACCUGCGGCGAAAAGUCCAUUUUGUACGCGGGCUCCAUCCGCGUGGUGGAAGGAAAAGACCCGAUUGUGUGUGCCGGUACGGUCAUGGGAGGGAUUCAACUCUGGAACAUGAGAACCAGUGAGCUUUUACACACCUUGGUAGGUCACGAAGGAUCCAUUUUUGGCUGUGAAAUCUCCCCCGAUGGUGCCCGUAUCGUCUCCUGUUCCGACGACAGAUCCAUUAAGAUCUGGGAUUUUGAAACGGGCAAGAACAUCGCUACCGGAUGGGGCCACGGCUCGCGUAUCUGGCACUUGCAGUUUUUCGACGCCAAUCACAAUUAUACCAAGGUGUUCAGUUGCUCGGAGGACUUGACCGUCAGAGUGUGGACCCUUGACGUUGCUGCCGGGGAGUUGGCCUGCAACGAAACCUGGGACUGCCACUUGGGGAGACACGUGUGGUCAGGGGAUGUGAACGAAGAGAAGCAGAUUGCGGCCAGUGGGGGCGCGGACGGGAGACUUCGUCUCCAUCUGUUGAAGCCGUACCUCAGUGAUGGCUUCAGCUACAACAGAGAGUCCUUUAGCUUGGCAGAAAUCGCCGAAGCUACGGGCGUGGAGUUUUUCAAGAAAGAGAUUUUGAAACAGUACGUGGCAAUGGCCUCUGGGGUGCUUGCGGUUUCGUCCAGGGGAAAAUUUUUCCUCUACAACUUUGAAAAAUGGGUCUUUCUCUUCCAGGACGACAAGUACGCCGAGUUUGCGAUUCUCAACUGCAUUGAAACGACUGACAUCGCAACAGUGACUGCCAGAAGCGGUGAUAUCUUGCUUUUGAAGUUUAAGGACGGGCAGAUCGAGACCCGCAAGGAGGUCCAGGAGACCAACUUGGAGGGUGCCAAGAUUGCCAACGUUUUGUCUGUCAAUACCGAUGGAAAGUUGGUGCAAAUGACCGAUUGCCCGAACCCGAAAUACCCAUACAUCUUGCGAAGCAUUGACCAAAACUUGGACGUCGCCACCACUAUCCUUAGCAAGCCUCCACAAACGUUCACUACAACCUUGUUGACCUAUGACGCCAUCAAUAACUGGUUGAUCAUUGGUUCCCGCUUCGUCACCUUUGCUGUCUAUGACUUGAACGUCUCUGGAACCGUAGAGAUGGCUGAUGUCUUUAAGCGACUCUGCCCUGGCGAUACCAUCUCUGCCAUCAGCGUGACUGAGAGCAAGAAAAACGCGGUUAUUCUUUUGGUGAUUGUCAAAGACGGGCAGUACUUGUACGUCGAGCUUACCAAGGCCGAUAAAUUUUCCUUGAAAAUCUUACACAAGAACAUUCUUUCCAAGGGGUUCUUGGAGGGCUCGUUUCACAUCGGCCAGGACCUCUUCUUCUACGGAUUCAAGAGCUCGCACUUCUACAUUUGGAACGAAACCAGGCAGAUGGAGGUGUUUUCAGAGUUCUGCGGCGGGCCUAAGAGGCAAUGGCGGUUAGUCAGGACCGCUGAGGACGCCGCCCACCUCCACUACAAGUUCAUCUUCACCAAAGCAGACCUUGUCAUCCGGACGUUCAGUAUCGAGAAAGACACCUGUGCAAAGUUGUUGACAACCGGAACCAACGGACGGGAGAUCAGAAGUGUGAGUGUCUCACCAAAGCUCUCUGGCUACAGAUUGAUGGCCACCGCCUCUGAAGACGCCACCAUCCGCUUGUCGAAGCUCACCGGCACGGGGGCCGUGGAAAACGUCUGGCAGUUGAGAGCCCAUGUUUCGGGGUUGCAACAGGUCAAGUUUAUCACCGAUGAGUAUUUGAUGUCCUCCGCUGCUAGAGAAGAGUUUUUCGUCUGGAAGAUCACUGACAGGGCUGGUAAGGUUCCGCUAAUCACGGAUUUCGCGGUUGUGGCUCCAAGCUCGUCCAACCCCGAUUUGAGAAUCAUGGACUUUGACACCAUGCCUGUGUGCGAGGGCAAGGCCUUGUCCGGUUUUGUGAUCUCUACCGUGUACUCUGACUCCACGAUUAAGAUCUUCUACUUCGACAUCGAAUCUAAAAGCUUCACUCUCUUGGUUUCCGACCACUACACCACCUGUUGCGUGUGGCACGUUAGGUUCAUCUUUGUCAAAGAAGUCGGCCGGUUCUACUUGCUCACCGGUGCCACCGAUGGCCACGUUGCCAUCUGGGACAUUACCACCAAUAUCAUCGCCAAUUUUGCCUACACCGCGUGCUGUAAGGCUGAUUUUUGUUUGAGCGUGAAGGAGCUUGGUGGCAAGGUGUCGCAGCUAGGGCCGUUAUUGGUCAAACAGGCAAUCCACCAGAACGGAAUCAAGGACUUGGAGAUUGUCUCGUAUGGGGAUAAGCUUGUUUUGGUAACCGGUGGUGACGAUAACGCCCUUGGAGUGUCCCAGAUUUCGUUCACCAAGGGAAUUUCCUUUGUCACUACCCAGUUUUUGGAGAACGCCGCGUCGUCCACCAUCACGGCGGUUUGCCAGAUCGAUAGCACCAAGCUCAUGGUGACGUCUGUGGAUCAGUACAUCAGAAUCUGGGAGUUGAAUGGUGACGGCAGCGAGGUUACAUUAUUGGAUGAGCGUUACACCACGAUUGCCGAUACCGGCUGUGCUACAGUGACGGAGUUUGACGGCGCCAAGGUGGGGUUGAUUGCCGGGGCCGGGUUGAGUGUCUGGGGAUUGAAUUAGAAUUUGUUAUACGUGAAAUACAAUGAUAAUGAGAGAUUGGAUGUAUUGGUGGAGGGGAUUUGGGAACAGCUUGAGAAGACGUUGGGGGGUGAUGACCCGACGAGUGGAGUGAUUUGGGUUCUCUAGGAAAAGAAAGGCAUAGGAACUCCACGAAAAUCUCACCCUACCGAGGUAAUAUUGAUAUCUGAAUGUAGAUAUGUCUACGAGAGCCCAGAGUGGGGAUAAUGGAAGGUAACAGGAAUUGUUAUAGUUAGCUAUAUCCAGGUGACUCUUUCGAUAUUUAGAAGAGCCUGAUUUACUAGAUCCCGGCUCAGGCCAAUUAUUAGCCCAAUUGUUAUACCUAUGGGCUAAACUAGCACAUAUGUAGCGGAGCGCUAGCCUGCGUUUACAGUGAGGUCCGAGGUAUGUAACUGGGCCAGAAAAUAUCACAUCUAAAUUAAA